UCCUUACCAUAUCCAUCCUUCUUGUCACCUAUCCUACAAAAAAGAACUCUCUUUCUCUACUGUUUGGUCGAUCUAAAAGACUUUUUACUUUUUUGUAAAUUUUUUUUUCUUUUUUCCAAGUUUUCAUUGUUGCUACUCCCAAGUGUAGAUUCUGCGUUUGAACAAAACCGAAACGUCUUCAAGGUUUGGCUUUUUUUUUCCUCCGAGUUUUUUUUCGUCCUUACAAAACAAAAACCUCGGAUGCUAUCUCUUUCCUCAAGAAAGAUCCAAACUUGAUUCAUAAUCUAUAAUCUGAAAAAGGAAAAAUAAAAAAUGGGUAAGAGUUGGUUUGCUGUUGUGAAGAAGGCCUUCACUCCAAGACCUAAACAAAAUAAAGAUGAACAGAAGCCACAUAAGGCCAAGAAAUGGUUUGGCAAAUCCAAGAAGUUGGAUGUUACCAAUCCUGGUGUAGCUGGUUCCUUGCCUAGCAGCAACACUCUUUGUGUUGCCAGAGAAGCAAAACUAAAGGAGAUCGAGGAAGAACAGAGCAGACAUGCUUACUCUGUGGCUGUUGCAACUGCUGCCGCCGCAGAUGCGGCUGUUGCAGCUGCUCAAGCUGCAGCUGAGGUUGUUCGUCUCACUGCAGUAUCACGUUUCCCUGGGAAAUCAAAGGAAGAGAUUGCAGCUAUCAAGAUUCAGACAGCAUUUAGAGGUUAUAUGGCAAGGAGAGCAUUGCGUGCGUUGAGAGGCCUUGUGAGGCUAAAGUCUCUAGUCCAAGGGAAAAGUGUAAGACGUCAAGCCACAUCAACAUUGCAGAGCAUGCAAACACUAGCUAGAUUACAGUAUCAGAUCCGUGAGAGGAGGCUCCGUUUGUCAGAGGAUAAGCAGGCUUGUGCAAGAAAGCUUCAACAAAAACACAACAAAGAGUUUCCUAAAAUUGGAGGAAACUGGGAGGAUAGCACAUUGUCUAGGGAGAAAGUUGAAGCAAACAUGUUGAACAAGCAAGUAGCAACAUUGAGAAGAGAGAAAGCACUUGCGUAUGCAUACACUCAUCAGAAUACGUUGAAAAACUCAUCUAUUUCACAAACAUUCAUGGAUCCGAACAACCCGCAUUGGGGAUGGAGUUGGCUAGAGCGUUGGAUGGCUGCACGACCAAAUGAAAACCAGCCAGUCACACUCACACCAGACACUGCUGACAAAACCUCUUCUGCUGCGAAUAGUAUAGCAAGCCGUGCCAGGUCUGAGAUAAUCUCACGAGGCAGAAAGCCUUCGCCGAAACGAAUCACACCACCGAACAGCCGGAGAAUGUCAAGCCCUGGAGUGAGGAGGCAAGCCGCGAGUGGUGAUGAAGACUCGAAGAGCAGGUUGAGUAUCCAAUCAGAACAACCCGGCAACCACCGUAGGCAUAGCAUUGGCGGGUCAUUGCCGUCAACUAGAGACGAUGAAAGCAGCAUCGCUAGUAGUAGUGUCUCUCAGUCUGUUCCAGGAUACAUGGCGCUUACACAAGCAGCUAAAGCAAGAGCACGGCUCUCAAACCUUAGUCCUUUAGGCUCAGAGAAGACGGCGAAAAAGCGGCUUUCGUUCACUGAGUCUCCUAAUAAGAAGACUGUGAGGCGGUUUUCAGGUCCUCCUAAGCUAGAAAGCAGUGGUAGCAAUAAAAAUAAAGAUACUGGUGGUGUUGCUUAAGCAGGAGACUGGAUAUAAUUUAGACAAAAGUCUGCAACAGAGGUGAGAUCAGAUCAGAGAAGAUUCUGUUGUGGCUUUUGUCUAUAACAGUUUUCUUGAUUUUGUUUUUGAUUUUUUUGACUGCUUUAAACUUAACUAUUUGUUUUGAUUUUUUUAUUGGUUGUUAUUCGGUAAUGUAACUUUCCUAAUUGAUAAAAAAGACAAAAAUAUAAACAAGUUUAGAGAUUUU